AUGGUUGUCGGCGCUGAGGAGAGGAAGCUAUCGCUAGUGUUCCGUCGCGGAGAGGUGGUUGGAGGAAUGAUUUUCGAUCGGAUUCAAUCACGGGACGUUGGAACCAGAUAUAGAAAGCAACCAACAACAAGAGGACAAGAAGCAGGAAGUAACGGCAGUAAGCAGCCUGACGGCGGGGUUUGCGACGACGGCGGCCGCCGUCAUCACCUCUCUUCUCCUUGCGCCUCCGUGGACGUCUGUGCUGCUUCAUGGGACUUCUGUGUUGCGGACUACGCAGCCCCUCAAAGCCCUGCAGGCUACUCUUGCAAAAACCCUGCAAAUGUUACGGUAGAUGAUUUCGUAUACACUGGUCUUGAAGUUGCCGGCAAUACCUCAAAUAUUAUUAAAGCUGGACUCAAGCCACCAUUUGUUUCUCAGUUUCCUGGUCUGAAUGGACUUGGCCUUUCACUGGCUCGGGCAGACUUGGCUGUUGGUGGAGUCAUCCCACUUCACACACACCAGAGAGCUACAGAAAUCAUACUUAUUGUCGAAGGAACAGUAGUUACCGGGUUCAUUGACUCAAAUAACAAACUUUAUUUAAAAACUCUGAAGAAGGGUGACAUUAUGGUUUUGCCUUCAGGGUUGUUUCACUUCCAAGUGAAUGGAGGUGAUACUCCAGUACUUGAAUUUGCUGCCUUCAGUAGUGCAAACCCUGGUGUGCAGAUUCUGGAGAAUUCACUGUUUCAAAACGAUUUACCUACAGAAUUGAUACACAGACUACAUUCCUCGAAGCUGCUUAGAUUAAGAAAUUUGAGGGUUUUCUUGGUGGUACUAAUUGAUACACGGGAUUAUUACAUGUCUUUCUAUGAAUCCCUUGUGGAACUUUUCUGUUCUUACUGCUUGAGUUGUACUGAAGGCACAUGUAGUUGCAUCUCAUUUAAUAAAUGCCUUUACACAAGAAAGUUAGAUUAA